AUGAACAGGUCACCAGACUGCGACCCUUAUAAUCAAAGGUAUCACACAGAAGAUUUGUACAGAGAGAGAUCAAAACCACUACUGGAUUUUGAAUUUCCUGAAUCUAGCUGGGUCAAAUUCAACUACAAUCAUGUCAGAGAUUCACAGUCUGAUGAUCAGGACCAUCGACAUAAUUAUAGGAAUGGAGUAGAUAGGUCAAGAGGGUAUGGCAAUUGGAGGGUUUUGCGAGGAAGAGGAGGCUAUCGGGGUGAAAGUAAACAAGACAGAGGUCGAGGCCAUUGGAAAAGAGGAGGACAUCGCAAAAUGCAGGGAAAACGUUCUUGUGACAUCGUAAGUGAUCAUCAUGAAAAAAAGCGCCGGUUGAUUGAAGAGUGCUCUUAUCAGGAUGGCAGUAGGUCACAUGGAAGUAGGAGCAGCCCAUCCUCUAGAGACCGUCCUAGAUCUUGGGACCACUGUAGACAAAGGGAAACAACAAAGGAUAGAAAAUUAUCUGGUAAAUUAGAGUGGAACAAGAGUCAACAUACUUUUAGAAAUUUUAAAAGUAGACCCAACUCUAUUGAACAUUCAACAAUAGAAAGUGCUGAAAGGGAACGAUCAAUGUCCAAAGAAAAAAUCUUAAGUAUUAAACCUACUUCUACCCUUGAACUUUCUCCUAAAGAGAAAUCAGAAGACAAGAAAAAUGAAAAAGCAGUUUUCAAAGGUGUUGCUGUUCCUUUAAAUAUGACUUCAUGUGCUUCCAUGUUGAAAUCUGUUUCAGUGGACAAAGCUUCAGCUUCAAAUACAAAAUCAAAUCGAAGAGGACAACAUUCUGUUAAACCAUUAUUAAAAUGUGAAAGCUCAUUUCAUAAUAAACCAAAGUCAUCACGGAAAACUGUCGUGGGUGAUGUUAAUAGGGUUUUGUCUGAGAAACCUAGAACAUUACUGAAAACUGUGGUGAAUGAUAGUAAAAGAGUUUUGUCUGAGAACCCUAAAACAUUACUGAAAACUGUGGUGGGUGAUGUUAAUAGGGUUUUGUCUGAGAACCCUAGAACAUUACUGAAAACUGUGGUGGGUGAUGGUAAUAGAGUUUUGUCUGAGAACCCUAGAACAUCACUGAAAACUGUUGUAGGUGACAACAAUAGUGUUUUGAAAACUGUUGUGAGUGAUGGUAGUAGUGUUUCCCCUGUGAACUCUAGAACAUCACUGAAAACUGUUGUAGGUGACAGCAAUAAUAUUUUGUCUUUGAACCCUAAAUCAUCACAGAAAACUGUUGUAGGCAAUAACGAUAUUGUUUCAUUUGUGAACCCUAAAUUAUCACAGAAGACUGUUGUAAGUGACAGCAGUAGUGUUUCGUCUGUGAAUCCUAAACCAUCACAGAAAACUGCUGUAGGUGACAGCAGUAGUGUUUCGUCUGUGAAUACUAAAUCAUCUCUGAAAAAUGUUGUCAGGAACAAUAAUAAGUUUUCGUCAGUAGACAAUUCAACUGGCAAAAGUAUGCCUUCCUUUGGUUCAUGUUCAAAUUUUGACGUCAAAAAGAAAGUGCUUCCAAAAAUUCCAAAAACAGAUGCUGAAGGUUCAAAAAAUGUGAUCGUAAAUGGAACUAAGGAAUCGUCGAAAAAUAAACACCGCAGACAUUCGAUAGCAAUUGCUGGGAAAACUCAAACCUCGGAGACUAGUUUACAAAAAACACAAUUAAAUAAAAAGAAACAUCGACAUUCAUCAGGACAUGUACCACAGUCAACUCCAAAGAAUGAUGUGGUUGUCACCACAAAAACAAACUCUGGAGUAACAUGUUAUGAAGUAGACCAUGAUGCAUCAGUUGAUUUAUCAGAAAGAGAUGAAUCAUUACCACAUCUGGUGCAUAAAAAGAGGCAUAAACGAAAGUCGGGUUCAAUGUCGCCUUCACGCAAUAAUUUUAUGGGGAAAUCUGUCGAAGCCAGUAAUUUAUUUCCAAUUAGUGAGGAUAGGAUUUGUGUGAAUGAAAAGACAUCAAAGAUUAAUCAGAAGGAGGAGGGUAAUCACGUCUCAAAAACAAACUCUGGGAAGGAAAAUAUUGAUCAAAGUUCAGUAGCAGUGGAUACUGGUGAAAACUUGUCCAAAUCUUCCAUUAAGAGUCAUGACAAACACAAGUUAAAGACAAAAAUUCACCACAAAAAGACAUUUACAAAUCCGAAAGAAAAGGAUGAAUCCAGGAAAUCUGCAGAGAAGGAAAAGGUACAUGACACGACAAAAAAAGGGAUAAGUCAUGAAAAAGAGCAAAGCAAGUUGGUUGAAGUUACAGGAGAAAAGAAAAACAAAACGAAAACGGGAUCCAAUAAAAAAGAUGAAAUUGGGAAGGAUGUAAAGAUAACACACAAUCAGUCGGAUCAUAAAAGCAAUAGUCACUUAAAUGUGGUUCCAGUUGUUUCUUUGACAAAAUUAUCAAACAAAGAAUUGACAAACGGUCAAUUAGACAUGAAACAAGAUGAAACUAAUUUGUCUAAAAGCAAUCCUGUGGAGAGAGCUGAUGCUGAAAGUGUGCUAUCCAAUGCAGUCCAUUCUCACAAGGAGUCGGUGCCAGUUCGUGAUAGAUUGAACUUGUUUGAGCUUUUUACAGACACUUCAGAGGAUCAACCACUGGAAAAGUCGAGUAAACUUUCAUUAAAAAGAACACCUGAUAGUAAGCAUAGCAAAGGAUCCUCUACAAAUUCUAAUUCAGAUCAAGAAAAAAGUCACCACAGCAAAAGAAAAAUGGAAGACAAACUAAAUAAAAGCAUUAGCAAGAAAGUGAAAUUGUGUAAUGAUAAAGAAGUUUCAUCGACUCAGCUAGAAAACGUGUGUUCAAGUGAAGUUUCUGCACACAGUAAUACGUCAGCUAUUGUUUCUGACAACCCUGUAUGUGAUACUUCGGAUUCCGAAGCAGAAAAGGUUGUGUCGUCUUCAGUUUUAAGUCAUUCAACACUGGACUCGGACAUGUCAUCAUCUGAUGCAUUGGAGAAAGACGUAUCAAGACAUAAUGAGUGUGAUCAGUCUAUGAAUUCAUCAGGACAACACAUGGAUGAAUCGGGCUUGGCGUGCACAUCAUUUUCUUUAUCUUCUUGCAUGACUUCUCCAUCCUUCAAUAAGAGUGACAAUAUCCUCAGUGAUGAAGGAAGUGACGUGGCAGCAGCAUGCAACACAUCAAAGUUAGCAACAAAUUCUGAAUGUGAUUCUUCACAAAACGUGUCUUUACAUUUGUGUGACGGGCGUGGGUCGCUUGGCGUGCUUGAUAAUGCAAGUGAAAGUGAAGACGAUGGAGGUGACAGGCUUGUCAUUGACCUUAAUACUUCAUUGGAUACAAAGUCUGAGGAUGCUGCAAAAGCAAACGAGGGAGAAUCUUUUAAAGUCCCAAAAUUGAUAAAUGAGAAAUCUACGAAUCAGAAGACACAGGAAGAGAAGGACUCAGAUGAGAAUGUAUUGCUAGCUGAUGAUUGUGAAUCUAGUCAAGUUGAUAUGAUGGAUAUUCAGCUAGGUGAUUCUGAUGAUAAGGAUGACAUUCGGCUGAUUAUGUACAAUGGAGGAGAUAUUGAGAGCCCUUGGACACCAAUGCCAGCUACACCCUACAUUAGUGAUUCGCAGGAAGAAGACAUGCAAGAAGAUGGAAGCCUUCCAGAGGAGAAAGAUACUCCAGUCCUGAGUGAAGGAGAUGAUAUGACUCCAGUUAGUCCAGAUGAAGAAAAGGCAGUAAAUGCUAAUAAAGAAAAUAUCAUGAAUUUUGAUAACGAAAAAAACGUUGAUCCAGAACAACAUUCAAAUGAAGAAAAUACACGAAAUUCAGACCAAGAACAGAUGAUAGAUCCAGAAAAUGAAAAAAAUAUGAAUUCACAUCAAGGAAAUGAGAUGAAUACAGAUAAAGACAACACAAUAGAUUCAGAUGGAGAAAUGGAGAUGAAUCCAUAUGUAAACAAGGCGAUAACUUCAUGUCAUGAAGAGGAAACAAACCCAGAUCAUGAGAGCAGUGGUAAUUCCAAGGUUGAACAACUAGAGCAGAAGACAAAGGCUCUUGCUGGUUUAUGUGACAGGGGGCAAAGUUCAGACGCGGAAGAAGAGAUGGAAACAGAAAACAGAUCAGGAGUGCAUGAUGCCGUAUCAUCAAAUGAAAGUAUAUCUCAAGUGUCUGAGAAAAACUCCAACUUUGAGACAGCUGAAUUUCCUGCAAGAAUUAAAUUAGAACCAGUAGAAGAUUCUUGUGAAAUGAACUCUACAUCUAUAACAGAUACUACAAGAAGUGUGAAACAAACACAUGAAGCAGGUAUUACUCGGUCCUCAUCUGCAGAUCACCUUAUGUUGCAGAAAUGUCCACCAUCAAAACCAUCUAUUGUAAGAUCUCAAUCUGUAGGAGGGAAGACUACCCAAACUUCAUUAGGACCACAACAUGGAUCAGAUAAUUUAAAGGCAAUUUUGCCGUCUUGUGGAGCAGAUGUUGCUCGGUCCUCCUCUGCAGAUCACCUUAUGUUGCAGAAAUGUCAGCCAUCAAAACCAUCUAUUGUAAGAUCACAAUCUGUAGGAGGGAAGAGUACCCAAACUUCAUUAGGACCACAACAUGGAGCAGAUAAUUCAAAGGAAAUUUUGCCGUCUUGUGGAGCAGAUGUUGGUGUUUCGCCGACAAAAACUACAGCUGAUUCAGAAUGUGAUACAGUUAUAACAAAUAGCCAUUUAUACAACACCACUAAUAUCAAUGCUACAUUGCUUUCACGGAAAUUGACUGAAGAACAGCACAUGUUUUUAGCAGAAAGGAGUAAUGGUAUAGAAUUGCUUAGACUAUUGAGAUGUAGCUCAAUGAAAAUUCCGCUCAAACAUGAUAAAUUCUUUACAGACGGCAGCACGUUCAUCAGCUUUGGAGAUUUCUCCUCAAAGUUUCUGAAUGACAAAAACAUGAUAAGGUGUAUUGAGUGCAGGGUGUGCUUGGAUGUUCUGUCACCACGGGAAUUCAUUGAUCAUCUGUGCGGAGGUGUGCGUUACAAACAGUUUGAUAUGGAGAAACUAUACCGUACCACCUUUGAGUUUUGUAACAGUGAAUCCAGCAGCUCCGAUAAAUGUGCCAGAACACUGCUCAUUAUCAUCUUCAAACUUGAGAGAAGUUUAUACAGGUCCUUUCAAGAGAGAUUUACUACGGGUCAGCCUGUUUCUUAUACAACGGAGAAAGUGACUGUCAGUCCUGUGACAAUGCCAUCAUCCGCCUCAGGGGCAGAAGUUCGGCAGUCUCCUGUGACUCGUGAAAUAGAGCAAUCAUCAUUCAGUGAGACAUCUUCUUUAGAGACUUCACUGCCAAUAAAUCCACUUUCUGAUAUUGUCCAGUCUUCACCUUCAGCACAGUCAGCACAACAGGAAAAUAACCCCCAAUCACCCAAAAGGAUUGAACAGACAAUAUCAAACUCUCUCGCUCUAAAAGAAUACCUAUCAAAUAUUCAGAGAGCACCUCAAACAGACCAACAUCCAUUGAUUGAAUGUUCCACACAAAUCAUUGGACAACCUUUGCAGCAAGAUGCAACGAAAGCUGUAGCUCCAUCUACAGGCAUUGGACAACUGCCUACAUCUUCAGCUGGUUACAGCAUCACUAAAAUGGCACAAACGUUACAGUAUAUACAGCAGUCUGCAUCUCAGCAAAAGUCCCCACACAGAAUAUCUAAAGCUGUAACUGAAGGUCAAAGGUCACAAGGUCAUAGUGAUCGUCUUGGUGAUAAUCCAGGUGCAAACCAAGUUUCACUGCCUGAUAUUAGAGUAAACAGACCACCAACAAGUCGGAUGUACCAUGGAUCUGGUGGAAGAGACAGGACCAGACAGGGCAGCCUACCUACAGAUCCAAUAGCUCCUACACAACCAUUGCCGAACAACCUGAUGCCAACCUCCAUGUCCGCUGUUCCUAACAAAACACUGGGAAAUAGAUGUGACGAAAUUGCACAAACAGCAAACAAUUUUCAUUCGUGUGCCUAUACAGUUGGGCAAAUGACUAAUCAAAGCAGUGGUCAUUUCCAGGCUAUGACAAGUUCUCGACUUACCGCGAGUGAGGAUUGUCUCCAUGGAGAACCACAGGGUGUCUCGAGACAUGUCAGUUAUGUUGGGUCUUUGCAGUUGAACAAUGAAUUUGAAGCAACAUCAAACAACUUCAGACCUGGUGUUUCAGUGACAUUCCCAAAUAGUGCCUUGGGUACAGAGAGGAUGCAAGGCCUUCAGUGUAAUGAAAACACUGAACAAACUUUCAGACCUUCUGGAACUUUACAGCAUUAUAGGAAUACUUCAGGUUUGCCAAGUGAUAUAAACCAACAUAAUCUUUCACAGCAAAUUACGUCAAAACUGACCCAUACUGCAGGACUUCAUAAUACAUCCAAUCUUCAAAUCCCACAGCUUAACUCAUUGAGGCCAAACAAUACUUCAGGACUACAUAAUACAUCAAACCCUCAUAUCUCACAGCAGAACUCAUUGGGACCACAGGCUACUUCAGGACUACAUAAUACAUCAAACCCUCAUAUCCCACAGCAGAACUCAUUGGGACCACAGGCUACUUCAGGACUACAUAAUACAUCAAACCCUCAUAUCCCACAGCAGAACUCAUUUGGACCACAGGCUACUUCAGGACUUCAUAAUACAUCAAACCCUCAUAUCUCACAGCAGAACUCAUUGGGACCAAGCAAUACUUCAGGAUUAUGUAAUACAUCAAACCCUCAUUUCCCACAGCAGAACUCAUUGGGACCACAGGCUACUUCAGGACUACAUAAUACAUCAAACCCUCAUAUCCCACAGCAGAACUCAUUUGGACCACAGGCUACUUCAGGACUACAUAAUACAUCAAACCCUCAUAUCCCACAGCAGAACUCAUUUGGACCACAGGCUACAUCAGGAAUACAUACUUCAUCAAAUCCUCAUGUCCCACAGCAGAACUCAUUGGGACCAAGCAAUACUUCAGGAUUAUGUAAUACAUCAAACCCUCAUUUCCCACAGCAGAACUCAUUGGAACCACAGGCUACAUCAGGACUUCAUAAUACACCAAACCCUCAUAUCCCACAGCAGAUCUCAUUGGAACCACAGGCUAUUUCAGGACUUCAUAAUACAUCAAACCCUCAUUUGCCACAGCAGAACUCAUUGGAACCACAGGCUACUUCAGGACUUCAUAAUACAUCAAACCCUCAUUUGCCACAGCAGAACUCAUUGGAACCACAGGCUACUUCAGGACUUCAUAAUACAUCAAACCCUCAUUUGCCACAGCAGAACUCAUUGGAACCACAGGCUACUUCAGGACUUCAUAAUACAUCAAACCCUCAUAUCCCACAGCAGAACUCAUUGGGACCAAGCAAUACUUCAGGACUACAAAAUACAUCAAAGUCUCAUAUCCCACAGCAGAAUAAAUCAAACAGUGCUUGUAGACAGCAAGGAUCCUCCACAACCAUUGGAUCUAAUGCUAAUAACAGUUCGGUGAACUCUGACAAAUUCUCGCCCAGUGUACAAGAGAGUUUCUGGAAUUCCCUUGGUGACAAGAUACAAAAUGAAGGAGAUGCCUAUCAGAUGUUCAUUAUGGGACAGAUGAUGCAGAGGAAGUCUGUGGAAUGGCUUCGUGACACCCACCAUCAACUCAAACUUGCCAUGGAGAAAAUGGACAAAGAACAUAAAGAGGAGGUACGCAAAAGAAAAGAAAAUGAAGAAAAUCUCUUUAAAAAAUUCAACAAUUUGACAUCUCUUAUUGAAACUUAUACCAAAAGACGUCAUGACAACAGUUGA